AUGUUCAGGGCUGGAAAACAUCAAAGUGAAGUGAAGUUGGUCUUGCGUGAUUCCGGAUUGUUUACAGCUCAAAGUCCUCAUGAUCUUACCACGUAUUCAGCGGUGACGUUGGUCGCGAUGUAUAUUUCUCUGCGUAGUAUUGUGUUGUUGAUUUUAAUAAAAAGAGGCGUGCAGACAAACCAGCACCCACCUCAUGGAUUGCCUGACAUUCUCAUCGAGUUCUUGCACCGGCCGUCGGCCAGCCCCGCACUGGAGCUCGAUGGAGGGGCAAUUGGAAAGGAUCCAUUGGUAAGUUGGUGCAAGUCUGGACCUGGCAACUCAGGUGGAUUUUGGUGCGACUUGUGCAAGGAGCCCAGAAUAAGCCCGAGAUGGGACGCUGGAAGAGGCCGACUGAACCUUGCUUGGUGGUUUAAACCCCUCACCGGCGACCGGAGUAAGAGCGAGAAAAAAACACACGAAGGAGACCAGUCACCAGUCAGUCGACGGAUUGAGACUCCAGUUGCAAUAUUCCCAGUAUUUCCCUCACUCACCAAUGGGUGUAGCGCGAAAUAG